AUCCUCUCCCUACAAAAAAAAGCCUGCUUCAACCUCUCCAUUUCAAAUCCUUUUGGUUCAGUUAACGUUGAGAAAGAGAGAGAGAGAGAGAGAGAGAGAGAGAGAGAGAUGGCGAGAGCGAAUCGGCGUCCGAAGCUGGCGACCUCCGCCGAGCACAGCUCGUCCUCCUCCUCGUCGCCGUCGGCGGCGACGGCGACGGCGACGCCUCCUCCGGCAGGCGAUGACGAGCAGCAGCAGCAGCAGCAGCAGCCGGACUACGAGAAGAGAGCUCGCGAUUUGGAGAUGCAGAACAGAGCUCAACAGAAAGAGAUCGAGGAACUGAGAGGCAAACUAAGUAAUGCAUCUGUCACUCCUAAUGACAGCAUGCGCAAGAUGAAGGAAGGCUAUCUCCAAAAGUUAAAUGUGCUUGAAGAGCAGGUUAAGGGGUUGAAGAAGAAGCAAGAUGUCCAAUCCCAGCUUUCAAUGUAUAGAAGAAAAAGUGAAGAGAGCACAAAGCAUUUGCAGGACGAGAUUCAAAAGUUGAAAGCUCAAAAGGUUCAACUCCAAUGCAAAAUGAAACUGGAGUCCAUGCAGUUCAGGUUGUGCAAGGGUUCAUUGGAAAAGGAAAUCCUUCAGCUUAAGAAAGAGGGAAGGAGAAAUGACUACGAGAUGCAUAAAGUAUUGGCAUUAAACCAGAGGCAAAAGAUGGUCUUGCAACGAAAGACAAAAGAAUCUUCUGUGGCUACGAAUCGCCUAAGACAACUAGUUGAAUCUCGAAAGGCUCUAUUGCACAGGAAAGCUGGGUCCAGGAAAGGAAAUACUUCUGGGAUUCAGGCUAUUGAGCAUGAGCUUGAAGUCACAUCACAUAUAAAUGAGAUAUGUUCUGAAUAUGAACAUCAAUUAGAGAUGAUGGCGGAUGAGAUCACGAAGAUCAAGGAAGAAGCUGAGUCACUAAAGCAAGAGAACCUCAGGAUCUUGUUGGAGAACAAAGAACUUGAGUGUAGAGAAGACCCAGAGCUGAAAGACCUGAAAGAAGAUGUAGUCCAACUGAGUCAUAUGCUUCACAAACUAGAAAUGCCAAAAGCAAAAUUCCCACCUCUGGAAGAGCUGCAGGGAGACUUGAGUCAAUCUUCCCUAUCAAUAGGGAGUAGCAGUGAACAAUCAAAUACAAGUACAAAUAAAGCGGAAACUUGUGAGAAUGCUGCUGCCAAGGGGGAAAAUGCAUCAGCCAAAUGUUGCUCUUGCAGUAAGAAAUCUUUGUGCAAGACAAUGAAGUGUCAAUGCCGAGUGGCCAGGGGCAGCUGCGGGACAUCAUGCGGUUGUUCGCAUACCAAAUGCACCAACAGGAGCUCACUUGUGGUGAAGUUGGACGAAACCAUUCCAACACAAGUGGCCAAAGGAAAUGGAAACUCGAAAUGCUCAGGCAGUGCCGAAGCAGAGAAGGUCCUUGAUGCUAACGAUGUGACGACACGUCAGAGUGUGCACGAGGACUCAGUUGCUGUCAAGCUGGGCGAAUCUAUCCCAAGAGAAGCGACUGAAGGAAAUUCGAAAUGUUCAGGCAGUGCUGAAGCAGAGAAGAGCAACAUUCUUGAUUCUAGAGAUGCAACUGCGCCUCUGAAUGCACCUGUCACGGAGCCUGCCGAGAUAAAUGAUAACUGUGGCCUUAAGAAGAUGCCUCUAUAUGAUAUUGCCAACACACUGAUGAAAACAUUUGCUUCAAAGCAUAACCAGAGAAGGAAAAGGUGAAAUUGAGGUCCGAAAGUAGCAAAAUUGAAUCGCAGAACAGCCCCCGAAAUCCCUGGAAAGCCGGACUCUGAAGACUAUAAGCGGGCAGCAACGUCCAGUGGUACAGCUGUCUACUAUUGGUGAGGACUGAUGAAACUCAGCCGGAUCCCAUUCUCCAAGUAAGAGAGUGUGAAGCCCAACCAUCUCAUCUAAGUUCCGACUCAGUUUCAUCCUGGCAGUUUGUUAAUUUUCGUUUUCUGCGAGAGGAGAAUCUACACCUUUAGCAAGCUUACAAUAGAUCAUUGUUUGGGUAACCAGAGUUGAAGAUAUCAUAGAAGCUGUCUUUUCGAAGUUGAUGAGAAAGUUUGAUUGACAUUAAAGGUUCUGAUGCCACAUUCUUUCAUUGAUCAAUCAAUAGAAGAUCGAACGAAAUGUGAAAAGGCGUCACUCUAUGCUUUAAUUA